AUGUCAUCGUAUCCUGUGGUAAACAACCGACCAAUCGAUCAGUGGAGAGUUACUGAUCUGAAGGAUGAGCUCCGUAAAAGGAAGCUUCCUGUUAAAGGUUUGAAAGAGGAACUCGUUAGGCGACUCUUUGACUCCAUUCAGAGUGAAAGAGAAGCUGAAGCUGAAGAAGCUGAUGAGGAUGUGGGUGUGAAUGUGGAUGAUCAGUUACCUGAUGCCAAUGCUAGUGAGGAAAAUACAGUUACCGUCACAGAAGUUCACCAGGAAACUGUGGUUCAUGUCACUCAGCAAGUUGAAGUUCCUACCACCGAAGUUGGUCAGGAAUCCGCUAUUUCUCCCACUAGAGGGGCCCCUAGUGUUGAUCUCGAAGAGGCCUCAACAGCCAAAGGAGAAGUACCUGAAUCAUUUGCUGGAGGAAAUUUGACAUCUGAAGAAGUGCAAGUGCAUACUAAAAGUGCUAAUGAGCCUGUUCAUGAGAAGACCACAGACGUUGACACCAAUGAGGCAGUCAUUGUCAAUGAUGCAAUCGAUGUGAAUUCAGACUUGACCCCUGCUGAAGUCAAGUUUCGUGCUAUGGAAGCAAGCAAAAUUGAAGAACAGGAUUUUUCCCCAGCACCUGUAGAUGCCUUAACUUCAGAUGCUGUUGGUCCUAUGGAUACUGAUGUUGUCACAGCUGCAACUUUAGAUGCUGGUCCUAUGGAUACUGAUGCUGUCACAGAUGAACCAGUUAGCAACGAUGGGGAGAAACUGGUACCCAAGGAUAAUUUGGGUAACAAGGUGUCAAUGUAUGAUGAAGAGCAGAAUAAUUCUGGUACCAUGAACGAGGACUGCAAGCCCAUCAUAUCAAAACCAAAUAAUCAGGUACCUGAGGUUAGUCCAGAUUUAGGGUCUCAAAUUAAGUGUGAAUCGAUUUCUAGCGAUAAUCUAUCAACUAACAAAAAGAAUAAUAUAGAAGAUAAUUUAAAUGCUAAUAAUUUUGAUUUAGAACUAGAGGUUCAGCCGAAGAUGGUCGAACCAUCAUCCGGCAUUACUUCAUUAGGUGGAGAUUUGCAGCCAUUGGAUGAUGACAAAGAGCUGGUUAAGAACCAGACAUCUUUGGAAGACUUAGAUUCCACAGAUAAUGUGGACUCAUACAAGAAAGAUAGUCCUGAAGCUGGGUCUCCAGAGAAAUUAAAUCUAGACAGGAGUUCAGGUGAUGAGUCAAUGGAGGAGGAUGUUGCCGAAAUUAAACAAGUUGAGUCCAAUAUGAAAUCUGAUGAUCUCGGAGGAAACAAUGAGCUUAACUCAGAAGAUGUGAAAGAGGUGAUCCUCCCUGAUUCUGUUGUGGAGCCUUCCAAGGAGGUUAUAGCUGAAGAAAAAUCAGCAGCUUCAGCAGAAAAGAGGAAACUUGAAGCUGAAGGUGUUACAAACACUGAACCAAUCAAGCGACAACGUCGGUGGACUGCAGACGUUGCCAAAGUUCCAGAGAGACAAUCAUUGAAUCAAACUGGUCCUGAAACUCCUAAGGAUAUUUUUCAGCCUGCUUUCAAACGAUCUUUUGGGAGGUCUGAUUCAACAGCAAGUGUAGAUUCUCCUAAGGAGCGGAUUGUACCACCUUCUGAGAAACCAGCCACAACUUCUUUGAGAAUUGACCGAUUUGUACGCCCAUUUACCCUGAAAGCUGUGCAGGAGCUUCUUGGUAAAACUGGAUCUGUACAAGACUUCUGGAUGGACCAUAUCAAGACUCAUUGCUAUGUAACAUUUUCUUCGGUGGAUGAAGCUGUGGCUACUAGGGGUGCUGUUUACAACCUACAGUGGCCCCCAAACAAUGGCAAUAAGUUGGUUGCCGAAUUUGUUGAUCCUCAGGAGGUGAAGCUCAAGGUUGACCCCCCUCCCUCGCCAGCUGCUCCUGUUAGCCCAGCUGCUGCUGCAAGGGCACCUCCUGUUCAACAGACUCAGGGUAAUCAAAGUGUGCCACGCCAGGCUGCUACACCAAAAGAGCAACUGCCACCUCCACCUCCCCUUGCUAAGCCCCCUAUCGCUGACCCGGCAGCAUUAGCGAGGGAGAGGCUUCCGCCCACUCCAAAGAAGCCAGAGCCUCCUGUUGUGACACUUGAUGAUCUCUUCAAGAAGACACAGUCCUCGCCGAGGAUCUAUUAUCUGCCUUUAUCAGAAGAGGAGGUGGCGGCCAAGCUCACCGCGGCACAGGGAAAAGGAAAAAAGGAAUAG